GAGCCUCUGUUGCCACCUACUUAUAUGACCGUCUAGUCCCAGGCUUCACAAGAGGAGCUGUAAAUUCAGUAUAGUUUUCACUGACUUCUGGAUACAGAGCUUCAGCCAUGAAGGUAACAGGCAUCUUUCUUCUCAGUGUCUUGGCCUUGCUCAUGUUAUCUGGUAAUACUACAGCUUCUGUUGAAAGACAGGCUAACUGCGAUCAUACAAGGCUUGGGUGUCCCAGGAUCUACAGUCCUGUCUGUGGCACUGAUGGCAUUAGUUAUAGCAAUGAGUGUCUACUCUGUGUUGAAAACAGGAAGCGCCAGGUUCCUGUCCUCAUUAAAAAAUCUGGGCCGUGCUGAGAACCAGGGUUUCAAAACCCCUGAAGCUUACCAGGAGGUCUGGCUGGUCUGAUUGUUGAAUAAAAGCAUCUGAAUACGCUUUC